AUGUUUCCUUCUCACUCUGCUUAUUCGCUUCUCUUCGUCUUCUUACGUUCACUAUCUCUGACAUUAUUUCGUUCUUUCUUUCUUUCUUUCUUUCUUUCUUUCUUUCUUUCUUUCUUUCUUAUUAAUUCUCCUUUAUUACAUUUCUUUCUUUCUUUCUCUCUUUCUUAUUCAUUCUCCUUUAUUACAUUUCUUUCUUUCUUUCUUUCUUUCUCAUUAAUUCUCCUUUCUUUUUCAUUCAUUUUUACAUUUUUCUUUGUUUGUUUGUUUUUCUUUCUUUUCUUUUUUCUUUCUUUUUCUUUCUUUCUUUCUUUCUUUCUUUUUUCUUAUUCAUUCUCCUUUAAUUUCUUUUCUUUCUUCUCCUUAUUAAUACAUUUCUUUCUUUCUUUCUUUCAUUUUCUCACGCUUCUUUUUUCUUUUUUCCUUUAUUCAUUUUCCUUUAUUUUCUUUUUAUUUUCUUUAUUUCUUUCUUGUUUGUUUGUUUGCUUCUUUCUUUCUUUCUUUCUUUCUUUCUUUCUUUCUUUCUUUCUUUCUUUCAUAGUAUUCAUCAUUCUCUCGUUUUCAUUCAUUUCCUUUUCAUCAUUUCACGGUCCCAAUAUAAGCCAAAUCUAUCUAUUUCAGUCUUUUCAUUUCAUAUCUAUCUAUCUAUCUAUCUAUCUCAGUCUUUUUGUAUGUAUCCAUCUAUCUAUAUAUCUUUCUCAGUCUUUUCAUAUCUAUCUAUCUAUCUAUCUAUCUAUCUAUCUAUCUAUCUAUCUAUCUAUCUAUCUAUCUAUCUAUCUAUCUAUCUAUCUAUCUAUCUAUCUCAGUCUUUUUAUAUGUAUCCAUCUAUCUAUAUAUCUUUCUCAGUCUUUUCAUAUCUAUCUAUCUAUCUAUCUAUCUAUCUGUGUUUGUAUGUUUUCUUUCAUUGCUUUGUUUGUCCUUUCUUUCCAUGAGGUUAAAAUAUUUUCAGCAUUUAUGUUAACUAUCUAUCUAGAUCUAUCUAUCUAUCUAUCUAUCUCAGAUAGAUAUGAACAGCUAUCUACAUAUCUCAAUCUGUUUAUAUAUCUCUAUCUAUCUAUCUAUCUAUCUAUCUAUCUAUCUAUCUAUCUAUCAUGGUUCUCCCUCUUUUUUCUCGCACAAUCAUUUUUUGCGUUGACAUAUAUUAACCGUUUGGAUCUAUCUAUCUAUCCAUAUCAUCUAUCUAUCUAUCUAUCUAUCAUCUAUCUAUUCUCUUCUCUCAAUAUAUUAAUUUCAUCUAUCCAUCUAUCUAUCUAUCUAUCCAUCUCAUCUAUCUAUCUUUAUAUUAAUCUUUUAUUUCUAUCUAUCCAUCUAUCUAUCCAUCUAUCUAUCUAUCUAUCUAUCCAUCUAUCUAUUUCAAUAUAUUAA